UUAAUUUCAGAUUUUUCAUCUCAUCAUAGUUUGAAAUUUCAUUUUUGUGUCAAAAAUACCUUUGGGACUGGCUUGAGGUUUCCAAAUGAUCUGACAGCUCUAUCUGUGGAGCUUUCUGGCCACCAAAACUUUGAGGGAAAUGUAUUUUUUCUAUUGUGGUAGUUAUUCUUGCACCUGAAUAGAGGUGAGCUGAUUGAGGAAAGGCAUAUGUGAACGUUUGGCAUGAAACCUUCUCGUGCUCGUCCAAUGGAACCAUUGCAGCUGGCACAUGUAAGAGCCAUGAGCAAUGAAGAAGCAUAAGUUUAGAUCUGCUGGACCCUCACAACUGAUAUAAGGUCCAGAUCUUCAGAUGGUACUAAAGAACAGCUAUGAUGACUUACAUGGAAUUGUGUCAGCACUAUACAGGCACCUUAUAUAGAUCUCAGAGGAUAAUGGUAUUUUAAAAUCCCUGAUAAACAUAUUUUUUCUUCUCUAAAGUUAUGUUAGUAAGGAAUCUGGAUCAAAACUGAGAUCAGAUUUUCAAAUAAUACUGAAGUAUGUCAUUAUACUUCUAUGGGUGGAAUUGGAAAUCAAGAUUAAGAAAUUAUAUAACUACACAUGCACUGUGAUUACAAAAUAUGAAAUAUGAAAGCAUACAAGAAUAUGAGAGUUUUCAUGUAUUUGUUUUUCUACCAUAUGGCUGUGGUAGGCACCUAUGCCACAAUAAGUGCCAAUGUUGAUUUAAUAUUUUCCCUCUUAUGCAGUGUAAAUUAGACUUAGCUGAUUGUGCUGUAUCCAGAUUUCACUAACAUAUAAUAAUCUGUGUAUUCAUAAUGAGUAUUUUCAUAAAGCUAUGUGUUUUGAAAAUCUGUGGAAAUUCAUCUAAUUUCUUAAUAACUUGACUCUGGUCUUUCAGGUAAUUUGAUUCAUUUUUAUGACCUAUUUUUUUUUCUUUUUUUUUUAAUAUAUAUUUUGUAGGUGGUGCGCUCUCAAAUGAUUUUUGAUACUAUUACUGGAAAUUCUAUUCAUUGAGGUACAUUUAAGUUUUAUUGUGUAAAUUAUCUAUGUAAUCAUGAGAUACUUUAGAUGGCAAUCUUUUAUAUCCUAGGACAGCUGGCCAAGUAGAAAUGUUUCCUAAGGCAGGAAGAUGUGAAAGGUACCCAGUCAAGCAAAAGGAAGAGAAAUGGCCUUAGAGAAAAGUCGCUGCGAGAAGCUGCUAAGCCUCUGCUUUGGUAGUCUUUGUUCUCUUCUGUUUUGUUGGACUGGAGGUACAGUGGAUUUAUAUGUAUAUGCAUAGUGAAAUUGUGUCAGAUUGUCACAAAAGUUUUAUCUUAGCCUUUUAGAGUUGUAAUCUUCUCCUGUUUUAUGUUGGAUAGUAAUUUGGUGAAAUGCCUAGUACUUGGGAAGGUUAGUGCCUUAGGUGCUGACUUGGUUAUAUCCAGACUAUUAAAAUCUUUCUUUCCAGUGAUGAAAUAACCUGGAUAGGUUUAAAUAACCUUGAAAAGAGUUUGCCAAAUUGGCAACUGUAAUUGUUCAUCAAGUAGCUGGAUUGCUAUGGAAGCACACUCUGCAAGCUUUCAGAGGAGGCUGAUUUCACUGACAUAAAUUUCUCACUCCUUCAAUUGCUGGGAUAUUGUGAGCACAGUGAGGUGCUUUUCCUGACAUUGAUCAUUCUCUUGAGGCCUAAAUGCUCCAAGUAAGAUCAAUGGAGGAACAUGUUCAUUUCUCCCUGCUGGUGACAGCGGUAUGCUUCCAAAGGAGAAAUCUGAAUGUUCUUGGAAAGUAAGCUCUAUGGGAUGGAACAUGAGGCUACCCAGCUAGAAAAGCAGCAUGUGCACAGUGUGUAUGAAAAUACAGCUGCCUACUUUAGUGACCUGCGGACCAAAGCAUGGCCUCGUGUUCGGAACUUCCUGCUGGAACAAAAGCCCGGCAGUCUCGUUGUUGAUAUAGGUUGUGGAACUGGAAAGUAUCUCAGUGUCAACAGUCAGGUGUAUAAUCUGGGCUGUGAUUACUGUGAAGGACUUGUAGAAAUUGCAAGGAAGAAAGGUGAUGAAGUUCUGGUGUGUGACAACCUUAACCUUCCCUUCAGGGAUCAGUGCUUCAAUGCAGUCAUUUCGAUUGGAGUGAUACAUCAUUUCUCAACUAAACAAAGAAGAAUCAAAGCAAUAAAGGAAAUGGCAAGAAUAUUGACACCUGGAGGCCAAAUAAUGAUUUAUGUUUGGGCUAUGGAACAAAAGAAUCGUCGCUUUGAGAAACAAGAUGUAUUUGUUCCAUGGAACAAGGCCUUGUGCUCACGCCAUUUUUCAGAAUCAAAUCAGUCUGGAGAUAAGGGUGAGUUUGUCCCUACUGCAAAAAGCCAAGACAUACACCCUGCACAGCUUGUCAUCUCUGAGUGCAGCUACCAAAACAAUCUGCAGCCAGAAACUGAUUCAAAACAUUCCAAUACUAUGGACCAUUGCUUACCCAGAGCCUGCUGCAUGAAAAUUUCUGAGGAAGAAAACAGAUUUUACAGUGCUCUUGGAAGAUCUUUUCGCUCAUGGUUUUUCUCCAGAUCUCUUGAUGAAUCAGCCCUGAGAAAGCAAAGUGACAAAAUGAAGCAGCUGAAACAUGAAGGAGUGUGGGCAAACACUGCCAUACCAAUUCAACACUCACGGCACUGCAGUUUGGAUUUAGGUCACCAUGGGGCACUGUUAAACGAACAAAGUUUAGAUGAUUAUGAUGAUGUGUUUGUGGAAAGCCUGUCUCUCAAAAAACCACAGUGGUCACCAGCCACAGGUGCACUGAAAGAUUUAAGUUUAAAUGGAGGACACCAAAGUGUAGUUCAGAACAAGGGGGACAAAGCUUCAUUUGUAAACGGCCCAGUGGAAGAUGGGGACUGCAUCUGUGGCUGUAAUAAAGAUGGUUCUGGCAAGUCUGAUGCCAGCAGGCUUUUCAAAAGAACCUCAACAACUGACUCCACGGACUCAGCUUUGGAUUCAGCAGUGUCUGUUGGGGACCAAAGUGAUGCCGUGUUGGAUCCAAAGGCCUUCAUGCGUUAUUACCAUGUUUUUCGGGAAGGGGAGCUGUGUUCUCUGGUAGAAGAGAAUGUGCCUGAGCUUCAGAUACUUUCUUCCUGCUACGACCAUGGGAACUGGUGCAUUAUUGCAGAGAGAAGAGGAACAUAGCUAUAAAGAGAACAAAGCAGAAUCCAGUGACUGAGGAUUUUGAGCUCUUCCUUGUGUUACUGUGAUUGUGCAGUGUGACAUGGAAUUUGAAUCUUGUAGUUGUCUGUCAUUUUUGAGUUACUGUCUCUCAAAUAUUUAACUAGCUAAUGAAGGUCUGUAUAUAGGAAUGUAAGUGGUAGAUAAUAUUUAUGUUUUGUUAAACUUUUAUGAAGUCAAAACUGUAGAGUUUUAUAUUGCUGUUAGCAAAUAAUUAAAAAUAUGUGUUUUAAAAUAUACUUUUCUAUUGAGAAAUAAACCUUUUUAUAAAACAAGGAUCAGGGCAUCUUUUAUGAGAAAUAUCCUCUCAGUAGAAAGUCUAGUCUUUGUUCUUCAGAUGCCAGAAGUUUGUCAUAUUGCUCUCUAUUCUUGAAGUCCUAUAAGUGAGACAUAAACACUAUAUCUAAAAUUGUACUUGACUGUACACUGGUAGAGUGCAUGCUGCAGAACUGGGAGCAAGCAUGGUCCCAGUGCUCCUUAGUUGGGAGUAGAGUUAUUAAUGGGCAAAAAACUGCAUCAAACAAGCUCUGCAUAUUCUGUCAUUUGAUGUUUGUAUUUGGGAGCAAAUGACAGUACAGAUUUCGGACAGUAUUUUUUACUUUUGUUUUAAAAAUAAUUUAAUUUGUUUCUGAGGUGCAGGUGAAGUUUUAUGUGUUAGCUCUCACAAAUACUUUUAUCUUAAUUUCCUUUGCUGUAGUUUUUCAUUGGUUAUGUGUAUAUAAAAGUCAGAGGAAUUUGUGAGAGUGUGAGUAUUAUGUAAAGUUUGAAAAUAUCAAAUCCUUGAAAUACAUAUAUCUUUUUGAUAAGCCUGAGAAGCUAAGAUUAAAUUAAUAAAAAUCCAGUGCAUAUCUGGUCAGCUGCCAUAUUUACUUUUCUUGUUCACAGACCUGAGAAUAUAUAUUAAUGGUGUGUUAAAUAAUAUAGACAGCAAGAAGAUAAGCCCAGUUUGCACAUAAAAUACAAAUUCUUGUCUUGUAAAGUUUAAAUCAAUCCUUUGAGACCUAAGUGAUAAUAGAUUGUUUACACUGCUUUCCCGUUCUCUCCAAGACAUACUGUCACUAUCCAUCUGUAGUAGGUUGUAGCAGUUUAUAGUGCUGGGGAUAAAAAGCACCUGCUUCAGAAGCUCAGUAGUGGAACUGCCAUCAGAAGCAGGGCUAGAAGAGGCUAAUUGCCUCAUUAGCAGAGUUACUCCAUUCCUAGGCUUCGUUCAUAGUCAGUGGUUGCAGUGCAGGGCACAUCUCCGCCCCCCGCCAAGAAAAAAGAACAAAAGGGGUUUCCUUUUGUUACAGCUGUUUUAAAGAGAUAUAAUUGUCUGCCCUAUUACUGAGUGAGUAACUUUGAAUAUCAGGCAAUAGGAGUGAAAUGCCAAGCCUUCCCAGUCUAUGCUGCAUGAGUAGGUGGAUUUGGGAUUGUUCAGUAGAAAACCUUGAUAGUGCAGAAUAUUUUUUGAUGUAGCUUCCCAGCUGUUAAUUGCCACAUGGUAAUGUAUUAUAGAUUUAUUUAUUGGAGCAGUGUCCUCAAGCAAUCAUUUUUGUCUUCCUCAUAGCUUGGGAUUCCUAUACUUUAUCCUUCCUGAGUCUGUACCACUUGCUCUCCCCACAGGCCUUUGAAAAUAAAAGUGUGGCCAAAGGACCAUACAUUUGAGACUUCUGAAAUACUAUUCCACUCUAAUCUAAAUGUUACUUUCAAUACAACCUGGAGCUGUGGCUUUUAGUUGCUGUGUAUGAGCCAUACUUCAGAAAAUGGGCAAUAUUCCCUGCCUCGCUGGGUCCAGCUGCUCCUGGCUGAGGGGGCUGCACCUGCUGCAUCCUCAGGCUCCAGAUUUAGACACUUAGUGCCAAAGUGCCCAUAUUGCAGAGCCAGCAUGGACUGUGCUGAGCUCCCCUUCUAUUUGCAACAUGGUUAUGUCAGACAGGGGAGGCCUGCCUCUUUUAUUGGGAAUUUCUGGAUGAGCUUGAGAAUUUUAGAAGUCAAUUUCUUUCAGAUAAAGUAUGCCAGUGGAUAUUCAGCAAUCCUGGAAUUUGGGCUGCAUUCAAGAAAAAGGUAGAUUAUUAUCAUCCUAUAUCCAAUUCUGAAACUUCAUCUCUAAAUGCCUGCAUGCAGAAAUUUUAUUACACACAUAUAAAAUAUUUAUUAAGUAUUAUUAAUCUUAACUGACAGCUGGGUUUAGUUAUUUGGGAGAAAGAACAUCACAAUUUUGUUAUAUGAACUUCUACGUUCUGGCUGUGGCGUGUUUGGUGUGUAAAUAAGUGGACUGAUAAAAUUUGGGGUGAACUGAGAAAGAAAAGGUGUCCAUUCUCUUUAGAAUAUAGGCUUAUUAUCCCUGCAAGAGACUAAGUCUUUGCUAGGCUCCAGUUAAAACUCCUUGCUCGAUCUGUUUGAAUAACAGUUGUCCCCUCAAAGCUGCUCAAGUACUUUGAACCACUUUCCUGUUUGUGGAUUUUCCAUGCAUUAUUUGGUUUGGGAUUCUUGCCUGGGGCUUUUCACAAAUACUUAUUUCUGUAUUGAAUUUUCUCAUGUUUCGAGUUGAUGCUGAGUUUGGAUUGUAUUCUUAUAAAUUCCCAGGAAAAGGAGAGGGGAGGUUUGGUAAGCAGCUUUUUUUUUCUUCCCCAAAUAUUCAUUUGUCCUCUGAGGAUGUAUCAUCACCAUGUAAUAUAAUUUUUAUGGAAUGGGGUCAGUCAGCUGAGGUUGUGACUGUGAAGUCUUCACAGCAAACCUUUAUUCUUGUAGGUGGUCUCUCAUCUAUUAAUGGAGGCUGCCUGGAUCUGUAACAGCUUUAUCAUCUCAUCAGCCAGAUUACCUCACUCAGAGCAUGGUGAAGGUCUUUCUUGAGUGGUUUUUCUUUUGAGGAGGCCCACCUUAAGCUAAAGGUCAUUUCCAGCAGAAUCCAUGUGAUCCCAGACUUUAAUGUCUUACAGACAAAGUUCAUGUGCUCAGAGAAAUGGAUAUACCAUUAAAAAUUAAUAUAUACCAUAGUAAAUGAAUGAAUAAGUAAAUAAAACCCAGCUGUCCUUGAAUGCUUAAACUUUUGGCAAUGUCAAGACUGAAAGAGGCAAGACUAUGACAAGGCAAAAAGGUAAAUGUGUUUUUACAUUGCUUGUCUGACAAUUGGGCAAUAAACUCAUCUCAAUUCUGCCGAUAUAAAUCUUGCUUCUGGUUUUAGUGGGCUUGGAUUGCUCCUAAGGUGCUUAUGUAGCACUAAGUGGCAUGUGAAGUUUUGAUGACAUUAGAAAGAUGCCCUGGUUUAUUACAAAAUUACUUCAGGUGGAACUUCUGUGUAUCAGUUUCUGCCCAUUGCCUCUUGUCCUAUUGCUUGGCACCAUAACUGCAAUAAAAAAGAAAUUGAACAGA